GUCCAUAUCCAGCUGACUGCCGCGAUGGCCUCCUCGGUCCUGUGGGCGACGUUGUUGUUGUCGAUAUGUGCCUCUCACAUAGAAGCGGCCAAACGGGUCAGUGCAAGGCAGGUACUUCUCGAUGGCCUCCCUGACGUUGUGCCAGGGUACACCAGGAGGCGGUCAACCCGGGACACAGAGACAGUCAGGAGACGGGAAACGAGGGAGGUGUUCCAGCUAGCUGAAGGAGAAUCGUUCGAGGACACAGAAGAAGCCAACACGGUGCAAGGAACACGACAGGUCAAAAUGAAAGAAAAGUACCACGGUCAAGAAGUGUUUGGUGCAUCGGUGACACUGACCAUGACGGAAGAGUCUGGGAUUGUAGUUGAUGCUACCGGAGACUAUGUCAGGAACAUUCAAGAAGACUUUAACGAACCUACAGGAAUUUCACUGAAGCCCAGCUGUUUGAUCAGUUGAUUGCUUAUGCUGGUGACGAAAGUAGGGUUGGGGAUAUAAAAGGCAGAAGUAUUGCGUAUGAAGUAUACGUAGAUGAAAAUGAAGUGUCUCAUCCUGUUGCUGUAGUUGAGUAUUUAAUUGAGACCGAUGAUGUUGUGAAACGUCCUAGGGGUUUUGUCAACACGAGGACUGGGGAGGUUAUGUCCUAUUAUGACGCAAUGGAGACUUGUUUUGAUGGGAAUGAGGAAGACAUGAUCGGUGGAAAUAAGAAAAUCGGCAUCAUCCAUUAUGACGGCACACAUAGAUGCUUGGAGUUGAGACAAGAGAAUGGCAUAUGCUAUUUGGAAAAUGAACAUGUGAAAGUUGUGGAUAUGAACAACUCGGCCAUAGAGAGAUCAAUUGGGGUGGCUCAUUUUGAUUGCGCUGGGAAUCUUAAUGACAGUAUAAAUGGCGCAUAUUCACCUUCUGUAGAUGCUCUGUACUAUGGCACUCAAAUUGUCAAAAUGUUCAAGGAGUGGUACGACACAGAACCAAUCAGAGGAGGACUCACACUCAGGGUUCAUUUUUCACGAAACGUCAUGAAUGCUUUCUGGAACGGCCACAAUGUUUCGUUUGGAGAUGGCAGGAGGCGAUUUAUCUAUCCAUUGGUUUCCCUUGAUAUUGCUGCCCAUGAAAUAGCCCAUGGUUUCACCGAACAACACUCUGGCCUCAUCUACAUUGGACAGUCAGGAGGACUCAACGAGGCCUUUUCGGACAUGGCGGGUGAAAUGGCAGAGCUGUUCACCAACGCAACUGACUGGCAGGUUGGUGCCGACAUCAUGUACAGACGACCCAUGCGGUUCUUUGCCAACCCCGAGAAGGAUGGAAGAUCGAUUUCCCACAUGGAUAAAUAUUCGGACAGAAUGUCUCCUCACACGACGAGCGGUAUAUACAAUAAGGUGUUCUACCUCCUAGCGCACGAAUAUGGCCUGAAUCCUAUAGAAGUCUUCCGGGUGUUCCUCCAUGCCAAUAAGAUUUACUGGCAGCCCCUGACCAACUUCAUCAACGGAGCGUGUGAUGUCAUGCAGGCAGCCUAUGACAUGGGACAGCCAGGAGAACCUUUUGCCAGAGCAUUCAGAGAGGUAGGGAUUGACGUUUGUGACGUGGAGGACCACCUGCUCCACCUGAGGCUCAACCGGACUAAAGACGACAUCACCGUCUCAAACGCAUCCAGUCCCGCGUUUGGUAUAGAUCUGCCAGACUGGAGUAAGGAGAUCCUGAUCGAGGCCGCAAGUGACGGCGGAGAUGACAUCACCAUCACAGUUUUCAGUGAGUCUUGGAAGCUGAUCAAUGACUCCACUGUUCCAAUGGUUCAGAGCGCUAAUCGUGUCACGUAUGACGUAAGCGGAGCAGGGCCGCAUUUCUACGUCAUCCGACUGUCUACCGGAGGAUCUCCCAUGACAAAUGUCCGACUCACUGCAGGAUACACUUGCCAAGAGAACUAUUCGACUUCGAACCACAAGUUUACCCUGUACUUCAACAAGGAAUGUGGAAAUGCAUGAAUAACAGAAAGAGGAUGGGUGGUAGCAUACUAUUAGCAUAUACAAGAACGGGUGUUGAGAACAAUGCGAGGUGAAGCGGGCCUUCCAAACAAUAUCCCAGAACUUUUAUGUGCUGAUAAUAUGCAUUUACCCUGACGUUAACCACAGCCAAACAUACUCAAAGGGAAAAGCGUGUCCUCCUUUUUUUGUUAUUCUUUCGGGAAAUGAAUAUUUCAGUGGAGUCGUUAUGGGCUAAGGGAGAAACAUUAUGUCUUUCCUACAUACUUUUCACAAUUUGUUUAGUCUUCGAAGUCGUUUUACACAACAAAAUUGAUCAUUCAAAUUCUGUCCACGUUGUAGCUUCUCAUCGAUCAAUACAAAUUAACAAAUGGUUACAUUGAGGAAAUUGGACGCGUGACGUUCCCUUUGAUCUUUAAAUAUACAUGUAUACAUAAAAACGGUAUCAAACAACCCGCUUGCUGUUAGAAUAAUGAUCAAAUCGUAAAAGCAAUAGUGGCGAUAUUUCUUAGUAACGUCAGUUAUCAAUUAAGAUGUGUACGAAAACACACCCUUGCCUUGGAGUAUGUAUCGAAACUCUUCAUGGUACGUAUGAACAGCAACAAACAGGAAUGUUUUAAUCUCGUCACUACAGUCAUGGUGGUGGGGAGUAAACCUGUACACAACGUGAUUAAAUCGUGAUUUGUACCUAUAAAUCAUCCUUCAGAUGUGUGGCAGAUAGCAACCAAGCUGAAGCGAAAGUAAAAUCCUGCUUAGUAUCCAUGCUCCCAGCAAAAUUAAGCUGAAAAACACUGGUGGUAGAUCAGAGAUGCAUCUCGUCUUUUGUCACGGCGUAAUGUUCCAAAUAGUGUUUGUUUCGAGAUGCUGUGUCUAGAAUCUGUUUUUUCACCUGACAAGGGCAUAUAUAUACUCAGCAGCAAAACAAAACGUCAGUACGAAUUCAAAAUUAGAUAGGCACUGUAAUCAAAUCAUUACAGAAAUGGACAUAAUA